UUAUGGGAUUGUACCCCUAAACGACAACAAACUAUCUUUGCCGUUACCACGCGUAGCUGUUACAUACCCGUUUAUUCCACGUUUAUUCAUGAGUGUUCCGUUAAAGCACAUCAUUGGAGAAAGAGAAAUGGAAAAUGUGCAUCUGGCUGUAGAGGAGGAGGAUCUUUAUUCGGGGUACAACGACUAUAAUCCAACAUUUGACUCCGAGGAGCUGGAGAAUGAUGUGGGCUUCCAGCAAGCAGUGAGAACCAGUCAUGGAAGAAGACCCCCGAUGACUGCCAAAUUUCCUGGCACUGCCAUUGGAGCUCGACCUUUAGCUUCUUCCUUUGGAUCUCGGAUGCCUCUGGCCUCUUCAAUGGGCAGACCCAUGACUGGAGCUGUACAGGAUGGAGCAGCCCGACCCAUGACUGCAGUCAGAGCAGCAGGAUACACCUCCUCCCUGACCCGUGGCUCAACGUUUGACCCUCUGGGCCAGUCCAAAGGCCCUGCACCUCCACUUGAAGCAAAGAAUGAGGACACGCCUGAGGAGAAGAUCAAGAUCCUAGAGAAGAAAGUGAAUGACCUGAUAGAGGAGAGCUGCAUGGCACAAAGCAUGGGAUCCUUACAGCUGGCUCUUGAAAAAGCCAAAGAGGCAGGAAGGAAGGAGAGAAUGCUGGUGAGACAGAGGGAGCAGUCUGGGAAUGCAGACCACAUCAAUUUAGACCUCACAUACUCUGUUCUGCUCAACCUUGCCAACCAAUAUGCAAACAAUGAAAUGUACCCAGAGGCCCUGAACAGCUACCAGGUCAUUGUGAAGAACAAAAUGUUCAGUAACUCAGGCCGGCUGAAAGUCAACAUGGCCAACAUCUACUUCAAACAGAAGAAUUACCCCAAAGCCAUUAAAUUCUACCGAAUGGCACUUGAUCAGAUCUCCAACGCUCACAAGGAAAUGAGGAUCAAGAUCAUGCAGAAUAUCGGUGUGGUCUUUGUACGCAUGGGCCAAUACUCAGAUGCCAUCACAUCUUUCGAGCACAUCAUGAGUGAGAGCCCCAAUAUCAAGACUGGCUUCAACCUUAUCCUGUGCUACUACGCCAUCGGCGACAGGGAGAGGAUGAAGAAGGCCUUUCAGAAGCUCAUCUCUGUCCCCCUGGGCAUCGAUGAUGAAGACAAGUAUAUCCCAUCUAAUGAUGACACCAGCUCAAAUAUGGUCAUUGAGGCCAUUAAGAAUGACGCUCUUCACCAGAUGGAGAGAGAUCUAAAAGUCCUGGCCGAGAAGUACAUCAUGACUUCUGCCAAGCUCAUUGCUCCAGCCAUUGAGACUUCUUUCGCCACUGGAUUCGACUGGUGUGUUGACAUGGUGAAGAGUUCUCAGUAUGUUGAGCUUGCCAACGAUCUAGAGAUAAACAAAGCCAUCACCUACCUCAGACAGAGGGACUUCAACCAGGUUGAGGCAGUGGAAACUCUGAAGACAUUUGAGAAGAAGGACAGCAGAGUGAAGAGCGCUGCUGCCACCAACCUCUCCUUCCUUUACUUCUUGGAGAAGGACUAUGACCAUGCUGACCGAUAUGCCGACCUGGCCAUGAACGCCGAUCGCUACAACCCGGCAGCUCUCGUCAACAAAGGCAACACAGUGUUCGUCAAACAGGACUAUGAGAAGGCUGCAGAGUUCUACAAAGAGGCACUGAGGAAUGACUCCUCCUGCACUGAGGCCCUCUACAACCUGGGUCUAACAUAUAAGAAACUGAAUCGUCUUGAAGAAGCUCUGGACUGCUUCCUGAAGCUCCAUGCCAUUCUCAGGAAUAGUGCCCAAGUCAUGUACCAGCUGGCCCACCUCUAUGAGCUACUGGAGGAUCCCCAGCAAGCAAUCGAGUGGUUGAUGCAAGUAAUCAGUGUAACUCCCACUGACCCCCAGGCACUGGCCAAACUGGGAGAGCUGCAUGAUGGCGAAGGGGACAAGUCCCAAGCUUUCCAGUACUACUAUGAGUCCUUCAGAUACUUCCCUUCCAACAUCGAUGUGAUUGAGUGGUUGGGAGCUUACUACAUCGAGACACAGUUCUGUGAGAAGGCCAUUCAGUACUUUGAAAGAGCCACACUCAUACAACCAACCCAAGUGAAGUGGCAACUGAUGGUGGCAAGCUGCUACAGGAGAAGUGGAAACUACCAGAAAGCUCUGGAAACAUAUCAAGACAUCCACCGCAAGUUUCCAGAUAAUGUGGAAUGUCUACGUUUCCUGGUGAGGCUGGGUACAGACAUGGGUUUGAAGGAAGUCCAAGAAUAUGCCACCAAGCUGAAGAAGGUGGAGAAGAUGAAGGAGCUGAGAGAGCAGAGGGUGAAGUCGGGGCGAGAGGGCAGUGCCAGAGGUCGGCGAGAAGGCAGAGAGGGCAGCGCUGGUAGUGCUGGCACAUCAGAGGUGGAUGUCAAAGCAGUAUCUCAAUCUGAGACUAAACAACUCAGUCCACUGUUGGACUCAGGGAGAGACAGUGGCCAUAGCAGCAACAGCACUAAGGGAGAGCGGCUGAGCGCCAAGGUGAGGUCACUUCCUGGUUCCAAUGAGCCCUACGAGGCCAGCAGCCCGAAAGAACUAGAUGCAUCCUACGUGGACCCACUGGGGCCUCAGAUGGAGAGACCAAAGACGGGAGCCAAGAAACGAGUGGAGGAUGAUGACUUUGCAGAUGAAGAGCUAGGAGACGACCUGCUGCCUGAGUAGCUGCUCAGCCGCCGGCCUUCACCGCUGAAUCUGGUCGAACAUUUGUUCUUUAGUCACCUUUUGAAAGGCAAGAGCACAAAUCUAAAACACUCCAAAACUCAGCUGUUGUUCCAGGAGAAAGACUGUAUUAAUAUGCAGUGUCUUUGUUACUCUGUUUAUCUCAGCAGUACAGCAGUGAGACAUCUUGACCUCUAUCAGAUUGGUCACAUAGUGCAGUCUGGACAGUUUUAUUUGACUCUGUAAUCCAACACAUCAGAUUUGAAAUGAGAACAAUCACAAUGAGAUUAAAAUGUUGAAUCUCUACUUGAAUUUAUACACGUUUACAUCAAUAUCCAAUGGUGUAGAAAUCGUAGACGUCUUUGUACACACUGCUUUAAGUCCUACGCUGUUGCUCUAAUAUGGAUGAAAACACUCUCCAAAACCCUUAAAGCAGAAAGUCUGCAUUUUAACCUCAGUCACCUUUUCAUUUUAAACCCAAUAUGUUGGAAUACAGAGCCAAGACAAUGAAAAACAUAUCACUGUCCCUAUACCUUUUUACAACACUGUAUGUUUCCAUGUGUGAGACUGGGAACCUUCUGGAAACUCCAUCAACAUGAUAUACAAAACCUGUAUAAUGUAUUUCAGGUCCUUUCCAGCUCUUUCUUUGCAUUUUGUACUUGAUUUUAAAUAUGUGUAUUUGCUGUAUAGUAUUUAUAUUUACUUGUUGGUUCAUCUUGUUAUUAUAGCAU